CCUGACAAAUUGUUACCAGGUCUCAGUGACCUUUGACGAUGUGUCUGUGGACUUCACCCAAGAGGAGUGGAUUUUAUUGGAUCAAGCUCACAGAGACUUGUACAGAGAAGUGAUGCUGGAGAACUACCAGAACCUGGCCUCAGCAGGUAAACGAAGGACAAAAAUGUUCUAUCCUGGAUGUACUGAGAGAUCUGCAGUCACUGACUGAAUGCACUGAGAGUAAGAAGUGCAGUUUCUGACUUAACAUCAUUGUCUCUUUCUUUAGGCAAUCAGAUCUAAGACCCCCCAGUGGAUUGAGAACUGUAGAUGGAACUGAACUGUGUGUAUAUAGUUGUAACAUAUUGAGUUGUAUCAGCAAAACGAUCAUGAAUUUCUUUUUGCCUUUUCACAAUUUCACAGAUUGGAGAUUUGUUUGUUUAUUUGAAACAAGAUCUCAUGUAGCCAAAGGAUGACUUGAACUGCUGAUCCUCCUGCCUCCACUUUCAGGAUGUGAAGUCAUCAAACCCAGUCUGAUCUCCUGGUUGGAAGAGGAGGAUUUGCACAGAGGAGAUCUCCAAGAAUGGGAAAUGCCAUUUGGCACCAAAGAAUCAACAUUUCAGCAGAAUUUUUUGAGGGGACAGACUUCCAAUGGAAUACAAACAGCCAGAAGCCACAGUGCACGGGAACUCUGUUAUUAUAUACAGUGUGGAGAAAUCUUCAGUGAACACUCAUAUUUCAAGACACAUGUGAAAACUCAAAGUACAUGGAACACUGGACAUUUUGCUCACUCAAGUCAUGACCCAUCUGUUCAAAUGCACACUAUAAAAACCUAUCCAUGUAAGCUUUGUGGGAAAGCCUUUGGACGUUCUUCAAAUCUUAAUAGGCACCUGAGAAGCCACACUGGGGAGAAACCCUAUGAAUGUAAGGAAUGUGGGAAAGCCUUCACUACUUACUCCAGGCUAGUAGAACAUUUUAGAACUCAUACUGGAGAGAAACCAUAUAAAUGCAAGGAUUGUGGCAAAGCCUUUGCUAAGCGUUCAGGCCUUAUAACACAUAUAUCAACUCAUGCUUCAGAGAAACCCUAUGCAUGUAAAGAGUGUGGGAAAGCCUUUGCUUCAGCCCCACGUCUUAGUCAGCAUGUAAGAAUUCACAGUGGAGAGAGACCCUAUAUAUGUAAGGAAUGUGGGAGAGCCUUCCUCACUUCCUCUUAUCUGCGGAACCAUGUAGGAAGAACUCAUAGUGGAGAGAGACCCUAUAUAUGUGGAGAAUGUGGAAAAGCCUUCCAUUCUUACUCAAAUUUACGUAGACAUGUAAGAACUCACAGUGGAGAGAGACCUUAUAUAUGCAAGGAGUGUGGGAAAGCCUUCCUCAAUUCCUCAUACCUACAUAACCAUAUAAGGAAAACUCACAGUGGAGAGAUGCCACACAUAUGUGGUGAAUGUGGGAAAGUCUUCCAUGCUUCCUCAUACCUGCGUAGACACGUAAGAACUCACAGUGGCGAGAGACCGUGUAUAUGUAAAGAAUGUGGGAAAGCCUUCCUCAAUUCCUCAUACUUACGUAAGCAUCUGAGCAUUCAUACUGGAGACAAACCCUAUGAAUGUAAGGAAUGUGGGAAAGCCUACCGUAGGUACAAUCUGCUACAUGACCAUUUAAAAACUCACAUGGUGGAAAAGCCAUUUGAAUGUGAUGUAUGUGGAAAAUCCUUUCAGUAUUUCUCAUACCUUACUAAGCAUGUUCGUAUUCACACUGGAACAAAACCCUAUAAGUGUAAGUACUGUGGGAAAGAUUUCACUACUUCCUCAAGCCGAACUGAACAUAUCCGAACUCACACUGGUGAAAGGCCCUAUGAGUGUACAGAAUGUUCAAAAACUUUCACUUCAUCAUCAAACCUCAUUCACCAUGUAAAGAUCCACACUAGAGAGAAACCUUUUGUUGAGAAUGUGGGAAAGCCUACAAUAGAGAUUACCUACUAACUAAACAUUUCAUGAUUCAAAAUGAACAGAAACACUUCCAAUGAGAGGAAUAUAAAUCCAUAAGUCUCCACGUCUCAUUUAUCACAUUGGAGCUACACUAGUGAGAAACUUUAGGAACGUGGAACAGUCCGCAGUGAUGCCACUUAACUUUGAAAACGUGAAAGAAUCUGUUCUCUGAAGAUGCCCCAUAAAUUUAAGGAAAGAAAUAUGAAAGCCUCCACGAUUUCUUGAGAACUUAUUAAAUAUGUGAGACUUCACAGUGAAGGGGUAUUUACUUAUGUAAAACAUAUGGAAGUUAGUAGUUCUGCUAAAUAUUUAGGUCUUCGCUUGUGGUCUCACAGUUAAGAAAACUUUAUGAAGGUAAGGAAUGUUAGUCAGUUUUCGUAUGACCUGGUAUUUAGUAAACAUGGUAAUUCAUACCCAAGAAAAAUUAUGUGGAAAUUUUGUCCAUGUGCCCUGAAAUGUGAUGUGGGACCAUAACAAGGCCCUUUGGAUGGCUCUGAUUUAUUUUGAACUUGUUACCUAUCCCUGAUAUUCCUGGAGUGACGUAUUUUUAUCUUCUCCAUAACAACAUUUCAUCUUCGUGGCUGCAACUUUUGGGUAGUGGUUGUUAAAAUGCCUGAUCCUUUCAGAGAAAAGGUGAUAUAAAUAAAUGAAUAAGUAAACUA